UCAGUGAAUUAAUAUAUUUAAAUAUUAGUAUAAUGUAAUAAAAUUAAUAGCGUAGUUUUAAGGUUAAACAUAAUUUGUACAAAAUGUUAUAAAAAUAUUAAUCUAAUACAAUUUUGUAAAAAUUGAAAAAAUGUUAAUAUAUAUAUAAUCUAAUUAAUAAUAGUUAAGAGAAAUAGUAAAGUAAUAUAGAGAAAAGAUGCCUGCUGUAAUAGUAGGACCACCUCAGCGUAGUGAACAGAUGUGGCAAGCAUUAAAAACUCAUAUUACAAGGGAACGACAAAGAAAAAAACAAGAACAAGAAGCUGAUGCUGAAGAAGAACGUCAAAGAAAGGAGAGAGAACGUCAGCAAAAACAAGAUGUUAUGACUUUAGGCGAAACGCGUGAACAAAUAUCUAAUCUUGAAAAUGAAUUAGCUCAACUAAAAGAUGAAAAGCAUCAAUUAUUUUUGCAAUUGAAAAAAGUUCUUAACGAAGAUGACAAUAGAAGGCGUCAACUUAUCAAGGAAACGAGAAACUGUUCCGAAGUGUUAACGGCAGUUGGAGGAUAUCAUGGUACAGUUUCACAAGUAGUACAGCCUCCACUAUUUCUACCAUUACCACGUAGCAACAGUCCUUUGUAUAAUAAAGUAGCAGUGGGUGCACCAACGCAUACUCUUUUACCAACUGGUCCGUUAAAAAGAUCACAUAGUCCAUCACCUCCUCCGACUGCAUCUCCGUACCAUGCGGGAUAUGGAUAUAAACCACCACCUGCUAUUUCAAGCUACAAUCCACCUCCGUCUAAAUCUGAGGAUGCUGCUAGAAGAUCUAACGAUUCUAGGGCUGUUCUUUGGAAUAAAAACAGUCAAUAUUCUGCAUCCAAUUUCUAUUCUGCACCUACCGGACAAACUGUCUAUAGUUAUUCUGCUCCAACUUCACAGCAGUCUAGAGAAUCCGAACUUGCAAAACCAGUAUAUUUAUCAGGAAAUAGAGCAGCAUUAUCUACACAUCAAACAGCUUAUGUAACUAGUUUGCAUACUCUAGAACAUAAAGGUACAUACGCAGAAGAUAAAUUUUAUCUUCGCCCUGGUAGUCAUGUUACUGUACACGGUGGCGCUAUGCCAAUUCAACAACCAUCACAAACAUUCGAUUAUGUUUUAAAGGGGACCAAAACAGGUGGUAUUACUUCUGGAUAUCCAGUACGAGCACCUCAACCACCACCUGGACCAUAUCCUCCCCCACCUCCUGGAACUUAUGUUAAUGCAUCUGGAGCUAAUAUACCUGGUCGUUUAUUAUAUACACAACCUGGUGCACGUUAUUUGCAAAGAGAGUUAUAGAAUGAACAUCGAAAUCUAUAAUUUUUAUAUAUCAUUUGAUUAAUACAAGUAAGUAUUUUUAUUUAGUUUACAGUUUAUUUACAGGACACAUUUGUGAAAAACAAUAUACGAAUUCAUUUGUAAAAUAGAAAAUAUUCCGUAAUAGUAUCUCAGUACUGACAAUAAUAAAAAAAAAAUUUUUUAACAUAUAAGUUUCAAAGGGAAUUAAAGACAGUUAAUAAAUUUGAUGAACAAUUUAUUUUGACCUUGUUGUCAAAUUUGAAACUUAUAUAUUAAUAUAUUGUUUGGACAAGAAUAUUGAUAAUUAAAAUUUUUAACUUUUUUUUUAUUGCAAUGUAUAGUCAAUCCAAAACUAAUCAACUUUUGUUUAAAAUACUUUUUUGUAAGGUUAUUGAAGUAUUUGAAAAAUUGUGAAAAGUGUAACUUGGGACACCUCGUAUAUCUUAUUUGUUAUUAUUAUUAUAAUUAAUGUAUCAGCUUAUUAUUAUUUCUUAAAAAUAUAUGAAAUGUUAUAUUAUUCGAUUUUAAAUAUUAUCGAUUAAAUUUGACAACACAUUUACGUUUUUAUAAAUACUAAAAAUUCAAUUCGACGCUUAUGGUCGACGCUAAAGUCAGUCGAAAAAGGAAUAUAAAGUAGUAUACAAUAGAAUAUAAUGCAAAUUUCAUCUUUCAUUAUCUAUAAGCAUAUUUUAUAAACAAUAUAAAAAAAAAUAAUUAACACAA